AUGAUAGGCGUUUUACACAAAACGGGUAAUUUCUCCUCCGUUCUCGAAAUUGGUCUCAGAAGAAAUCUUUCGAUAAGGAAAGAUUUUUGCCGAUAUUUCUGUGCAACUAUGGUGCUCAAGACCUCUUCUCAAUACACAACCACCGUUGAGAAUUCAGCACAUUGUAUAGACUUGAGAUCAGACACGGUUACAUUGCCCUCUCCAGAGAUGAGAGAAGCAAUGGCUAACGCUUUGGUUGGAGAUGAUGUGUAUGGAGAGGACAAGACUAUAAAUGAUUUGGAAACCAGGUGCGCCACUUUAUUCGGCAAAGAAGCUGGUCUUUUCGUUGUAAGCGGAACUAUGGGUAACCUACUGGCAGUGAUGGCCCAUUGCCAACGUGGUGAUGAAAUUAUUGUUGGUACCCAGAAUCAUAUUCACCGGUGGGAGCAAGGGAAUUAUGCUCAACUAGCAGGCAUUAGUGCAACAACAUUACCAGUCAAUAGUGAUGGUACAAUGAACCUUGAAGAUAUCGAAGAGUCGAUUCGCGUCAAUGAUAUUCACAUGCCUCACACAAGUCUUAUUUGUUUAGAGAAUACUCACAAUUAUGCCGGCGGACGAGUGUUGCCGUUGGAAUAUUUGAAAGCUGUGUAUGACAUAGCUGCACGACAUAACGUGAGAGUUCACAUUGACGGUGCUCGGAUCUUCAACGCUGCAGUCGCUCUGGGUGUGAAGAUUGCUGAUAUUGCUCAGUAUGGAGACUCGGUGAUGAUGUGCUUUUCAAAAGGACUUGGAGCACCUGUUGGGUCUAUCCUGGUUGGCAGUAAGGAUUUCAUCAAAUCUGCCAGAAGAAGACGUAAGGCACUAGGUGGUGGCUGGAGACAGGGUGGCAUUCUGGCGGCAGCUGCUCACGUUUCUCUCGACAAAGCCGAAGAAACCAUUAGGCGCGACCACGCAAAUGCAAAGAAACUUGCUUCUGGAAUCAAUGGAAUUACUCCCGAUAGUUUGAAAAAGGCUAUUCACGCAUUUGACAGCGGUAUUACAAACAUGGUCAUCUUGAAAUGUGGUGACGGAAUUUCUCCCUCUCAGGUGCAAAAGUUCUUCCAUUCCAAUGGAGUGCUGAUGAUGGUUUUUGAUACGACUAGGAUUCGCAUUGUGCUGAAUUGGGGUGUGACAGAGGGCGAUGUUGAUAGGGUGUUGAACAUCUACCGGAAAUUCAUAGAUUCUGUUGUUAAGCACUGA